GAGAGAGAGACUCUCCAGCUGUGGGGAGAAUGUCUGGGGGGUUGUCCGGGUCCGAGGCUGCCCCGCUCCCCCCGGGCUUCGCCAAGAGGAUUUUGGUGACCGGCGGCGCGGGCUUCAUUGCAUCUCAUGUAGUGGUUUCCCUCGUAGAGAAGCAUCCAAACUAUAUGAUUAUUAAUCUUGAUAAGCUGGACUAUUGUGCAAGCUUAAAAAAUCUGGAGAGAGUUUCUGAGAGAAAGAACUACAAGUUUAUCCAGGGGGAUAUCUGUGAACCCAAUUUUGUAAAAGAAUUAUUUCAGACUGAGAAAUUUGAUAUAGUGCUACAUUUUGCAGCUCAAACACAUGUAGAUCUUUCUUUUUGGCAUAAGUUUGAAUUCAACUAUGUCAACGUUUAUGGAACUUGCAUUCUGGUUGGUGCUGCUUAUGAGGCUAAUGUGGAGAAGUUCAUAUAUGUCAGUACUGAUGAAGUUUAUGGGGGAAGCUAUAACAAGGAAUUUGAUGAAUCCUCAUCUAAAAAACCGUCAAAUCCUUAUGCAGCUUCUAAGGCGGCGGCUGAAUGCAUUGUCCAGUCAUAUUGGGAAAGAUACCAGUUUCCAGUGGUUAUCACGCGGAGCAGCAAUGUUUAUGGACCCCAUCAGUUUCCAGAAAAAGUUAUUCCAAAGUUCAUUUCUCGCUUGCAGCAGAACAGAAAAUGCUGUAUUCAUGGCUCAGGACUUCAGAGAAGAAAUUUUCUUUAUGCCAGUGACGUAGCCGAAGCAUUUCUUACUGUGAUGAAGAAAGGGCAGCCAGGGGAAAUCUACAACAUUGGAACAAGCUUUGAGAUGUCGAUUGCACAACUUGCAAAGGAAUUAAUCCACCUAAUUAAAAAUACCAGUUCAGAAGCAGAGACAGAAUAUUGGAUGGAUUAUGUUAAAGACAGGCCUACGAAUGACUUGGGAUAUCCAAUGAACUCUGGAAAAAUGCACAGCUUGGGCUGGAGACCUAAAGUGCCUUGGAAUGAAGGAAUAAAGAAAACCAUUGAAUGGUAUCAAGAAAACUUCCACAACUGGAAGAAUGCAGAGAAAGCUUUGGAGCCUUUUCCUGUUGCUGAAGAAUCUGUAUGAUUUGGUCUGCAGCAAAGUUGUAAAGAAAAAAUGAAGGAAAACAUUCUACCUCAAGAUCAUCACAUUAAUGGAAAACUGUACUCAAGCAGCCAAAUGUGAUUGUACUCAUGGAAAUGUCAACAAUCAAUAAUAUCAAGAAAGACAAUGGAGUAGAAUUUUACAGU